UGUGCGCCUGGCUCAGCAACCGCGCAAACUGGGUUUGGCAACGAGUCGCAUUCGCCGAAUUGUGUCAGGAUUUCACUCCAAGCGAUAAGGUGAGUAUUUUUAUCAUUGAGUGUCUUGUAGCACAUCAAUUUUCCGGUUUCUUUUCAUUAAAAAGCUAUUCAGCAGCGCUGGAAUUGUUUGGUAUUAAAGAGCUUGAUUUGUCCUGAUUUGUCAGACGCAAAUCAGCAACGUGGAUCGACAGGACUGAACUUGAUUUGUCAGAAACAAAUCAGCAACGGGGAUCGACAGACUCGAUUCAAACCACAUCAGGAAUACCUCAAAUAUUUCAAAACCCAGUCAAAAACAAGAAAGGUGCUAAUGUGAAAUAAUCGGGUUUUUGUUCUACAUUAAGGUAUUCAGGAGUUAAUAGAGAAGAAAAAAGGAUCAGAGAAAGUGAACAGAGAAAGAUCUCAAAGAUGAGAAACUUGAAACAGUGGUCCACGUUUCAAAGGUUCAUGGCAAAUACAUGGACAACCACAUGGAGUCUAUGACUAGUAUUAUACAUUGUUUUGAAGAAAAUAACGGCAAUCACGUCACACCGUCGCUAGGAACCUGAAUUGAUAUUGUUAUUGAAAAUCAUGCAUUGCGCGCGCAACCUACAGAUUAGUCAGUUAUCUGCUAGCAGAUAACUAACUAAUCUGUAGGUUGCGCUGAUUUCCAAAAUUAGCUGUAGGUUCUUAGCCAAUGAGAAGAAAGAUAGUGAGUACAAUGUACAAUAAUAGUAUUUACGUGCAUGUAUGGCACGGAGACUGCGAACAAAAUCAAGUAGCAAACGAGCCCUGAAUGGUAGUAAACCUUGUUUCAGGGAUUCUCAAAUCAAUUAAAAGUAACACAAAGGUACAGUCUUUAAAAUUUUCGACCAAAUAUAAUAGCAAAACUCUAUGUACGUUUUUUUUUUGCUUCAAAAAUCCAUGAAAACAUUGAGGCUAUACUCAGACCCGAAGGGGUACUGCCGUAUAUGGGCUAUAUAGGUAAUGUGCCGCUGUGAAGGGUAUGGUUUUCAAGCAGUCUACUCUAGGAUAGUGUAUAUAAAUCAGAACGUUUGGGUCUAGAAUAGGGUGUCAUUUUUCAGGAAACUGAUCAGGUACUCUAGGAUAGGGGGGAUUUCGGGAGUUUACUCUAGUAUAGGGUAGCAAAAUUCAGCUGAACUAGUUCUGGUAUAGGUUAAAGAACUGGUUAAGGGUUCCAGGAUCCCAGCGGCACAUCUCCACCCAGAAAUCCCUAAAGUAACCCCCCCACCCCCCUCCCGGGUGCUCAGACUGCGUCGCCACGAAUACCAUAGAUAGGGCUUCUGUUCAGAUGCCAAGGACGGUUGUCGCGGCGCGAUUUCUGAGACGGAGCGAAGCUGCGCCCCUUAGAUCUCUAGAGUGGAGGUGUACACACUACAGCUAUUUAACUUUUCGGGUCGGCACGAAAAGCUAUCCGGUAUGUGUGUCCAUAGCGUAAAGCUCACUGAACAAAAUUAAAGCGUGGAAUAUUAUUAACCAAAAUUACCAUAAUUACAUAUCUUGCGUGGAACUCGUGGUUUAGUAGAGACAUAUUCGGGAAUCUCAAACUUGAAUUUUUCGACAAUUUUGUGUCCAAGAAUUCAGCGCAGAUUCAAAAUUUCACGAGCUGGAACUGUAGAGGGGUAAAUUUUGUACACUGUAGUGUGUCAUGUAUACAACGGAAUUCUAAAAGAGCGCUUUCUUCAGUCUUCACAACGAUGCAAAGAAGCACUUCCUUCUCCUCCUCUUAUAUCCUACCGCCACUGCAAUAAACUACGUGACAUCCUCGUGAGACGUAUUCUUUUAUUACAAAAGGAACCACGUCUUACACCUUCUUCUCCAGCAAGGAACAACAACACAUCCGAUAUCACAUCUCCUGUUCAUCUUCAAAUCUCAUUUACAUGAUCCAGUGCAAUAAAUGUAAUAUGCAAUACGUCGGAGAAACAAAAUCAUCCUACCGUCGUUUCAGACCACUUCUCUCUUCCAGAACAUUACAUCAGGGACAUAGAACUCAUUCCGCUACAACUAAUUAAUUCAGACAGGGACAGUAUCCGUAAGGCUCGCGAAGGAUUGUUAAUAACUAAAGGCAAAACACUUGAACCCUAUGGUUGGGCAGCCUGAGUGUGUGUAAACUUACUCCAGUUACUCCAAACGGCAAGAAAACGAAUGAAAGGAAUUAAGUUUAUAAGGCAGGUAGGAUGACCCUAGGCCCAGUUCUUCGAAGGCCGAUUAUCGCUAACCAGUGGUUAAAUGUUAAUCCGGUUUUCUUUUCCUUUUUUCGGCAAAAACGUUUUCUCGGCUAAUUUUACUUAUUUUUAAGGCAUCCAAUGAUCAAAUUAUGAACAAAAGGAAUUGAACGGAAUGUGCUUUUUAAGCUUUCAUACCUGAAUUCAAAUUUCGCACUAAACCUCAGGGGUAUUCGUAACCAAGCUUUGAACAAUCCGACCCCAAAUGGCUAAGCUACGCGGCUUACCCUCGCACCAGGGUAACCUCAUCUGCUUUGAAAACACGUUGCAUUAAAAUGAGGAGAAAUUCGGGAAUGCCAGGGUAACUGUCUCGUUACACUUUCAUCUCGUUCGAUUUAAUUAUAUAAGUGCAAAAAAGUUACCUACUGUAAAACUUGUUUUUAUUUUAUUUUUUUAUUUUUAUUCAUUUACUUUAUUUUUAUUUUAUUUUUAUUUUUUUUUCACCCGUGGCUAAUUGAAAAUGUUUUAUUUUUUGAGGCGUGCUAGUUUUUAAGUUUCUCGCGGCUAUGGAAACAACAAAUUUAAAAUGCAAGUGUAGGUAAAUUUGUCUUUAAUUAAUGGAAAAAACUACCAUACCUGUCAGAUCAUACCGACUGACCAAUAGCAUUCCUGUACACGGCAACCACCAUCUUAUAUAUCCUAUUUCGGUGUGCUAAAAUUAUUGGACUUUGAGGAGCUUGGAUGAUCAACAUUUCCCAGGUUAGUUACAAUUAAAUGUUGAAUAAAAAAGUAGAACGAAACUGAGGACAAGAAACAGGUUACCUAAGAUGGGUGAAGAGUUACAAUAAUAGACUUUUAUACAUAUAUUCUAAUUCAGCAUGUCAUGAUUUUACAAUUAUCUAAGCUGAAAUAAAAAAAGUUAAAUACAUCAGAGAGAGCCCACACAAUGUGUGUGUGUAACCGAUUGUUAUUUUAUAUUAAAAUGUACUGGAUUUACCGUUUGCUUCACCUAUGACGAUAUAUCGCUAAGUAUGUGUACAAAUCAAUGUUAAAUAAACGUUGAAUUUCCUUUCCUGUGGUAUAUCCUUGUGCCUCAAAAGCGGUUUUUUGAGAAAAAAGGGCGACAAUAUACCACAGGUAAGGUAAUUCAACGUUUAUUUAAUAUUGAUUAUAGAAAUAAAUCGCCAUAGGUGAAGCAAACGGUAUAUCCAGUACAUUUGCUAUAAAAUCGGUUACACAAACACAGUCGGUUACACAAACACAUUGUGCAGGCGCCCUGUGAAUACAUCGCUUUCACGAGCUGGAAAAAAAACGCAAAGCUAAACUAAUUUUAAAUUGGAGGGGCCUGUAAGGUUAAAAACAGUAAUAUUACCGCGAACCUCCCAUUGUAUUGUUUAAUUUUGUGUCGCGAAAAAUAUACUGCUUUGUCCUUUUACAGCUUGGAUUUAAUUUUUGAAUCUUUUUCAUCUGAGGAGAGGAUAGUCGUAUCCUUAUUUUUUUAGAAACAAUUUCUUCUUGAUUCUUAGUUUUUAACAACUCAAAGGGCAAAUAUGUAUCCCGGGCGGUCUUGUUCAAAGCGGCCUCAAAAUCAAAAGCCAACAAUGCAUAUCGCUAGUCGUGAAAUCCCCUACAAGUUGUUUUUAUUUCGUGCAAGAAUGACAUUAACAAUCUUGCAGAAAAAUAAUUUUCAAUACCACAGUCAUUCAGCCUAUCUAGCAAGAGCCGUUGGUACAAUGUAUAUUAUAUUUGAGGGUUUAGAAUCAUGUUUAGAUAACAUGAAAAUCAGCGAAAAAAGGUUUUGCACAACGUUUCAAUGUCGCCGCUAUGACAGCAUCAUCAAGGUAUACUCAUGGUUCAUUGCACGUGAAAAUAAAGAAUUAUACGUGAACUUUAUCCGUGCAAAACAUUUUGUUUCAUAUGUAACUUUCAUUUUAUAGUCGUGCAAUGGUUAUUAGCACAUCCCGCAUCACAUGGAUAAUGCUCUCCGAAUCUUCGGUUUGCCUUCUAAUUCUUUUGUUAUAAAACGCUAGAUUAGCUCUUUGAACAAAAAUACUAAUCAGUCAGCAGGAGUAAGUGUUCUACCCCUCCAAACGGAAAAAAACAAUUCUGGUAAAUAUAAACAUGCCACGCUUCUUUUACUUAAAGCUAUAACAAUUAUUUGUUUCCUUUGAUAUUCAGCCAUGAAAAUGCUGUUUGUAACCUUAGUUACUUUGCUGUCAAUCACUUGCACUUCCUCCAACAAGCUGACGCAGUUGCUGAAGACCAACGACGCUAUAGACAGUGAGGUAACGGCGUCUGCAGUCCUCCUUGUUUUUGAUUUUGAACAUGAUGUUUGUCACCUUUGUGGAGGCUAA